CCCCUCCUGGGGUGUGCUCUCCUCACUCAGCUCUGGGUCGGGCUUUAGGGUUGGGGAUUUGUUUGCAUGGUCAUUAUGAGGACCCAGGUCCUUACGACUGUGCUCAAGGCGGUGGGACCCACACUCUGCUCCUUGAAGUGGGUGCUGGGAAAGCCCAAAGCCGAGGCUGCUUCCGCGACCCCAGACCUCCACUCGUUACUUCCCUCUCUGCCUGAAGCUGUUUUUCUAUCAACCGUCUCCUUGCCACUAUAAGGAAAAGCCUGCUAGAGAAGCGGGCCAGGGCCUUUCCCUCUCUCAGAAGUGGUUUUCGCACCUAGAGACUGGAAACGGGCCAGUAGGGAGAACUGCAUGAGGUGAUGGACAUGGUGAGCCAUACGCCGCCUCCACGUAGCAGGGGCUAGGAACAGGGAGCUUAAAUGAACCUGCUGUUUGCUGGCCAGGGCCCAAGCUAGUAACAGAACCUACCACUAUCUCUCACCUGGGCUCCCUGCUUCCAUCUCUGCCCCUAGUCUAGUCUCAAACAUCAGCUAGACCACAACACUGCUGCUCUCAGUUCUCCAGUGGCUCCCACCUCACCUGGGUAAACAUGCAAGUCCACGCAAUGACCACAGUCCCUAUAGCAUCUGGACCCUCUCACUACUUCUACUCCCCCUUGGCACAGCCUCCCUGCUCCAAUGCUCUCUAAAUACAAUUGGCACUCCCACCCCAGGGCCUUUGCAUGGCUGUGCCCUCAGACUGGGGUGCUCUUCCCAUCUCUUUAGGCAUUUACUCAAUGUGCCCCCCUCGCUUGAAAUGAGGCUCUUCUGGUUUUCUUGUUCCCCAACCCCGCUCCACUCCCCCUGCCCCAGCACUUCCCACCACCCCCACAGCCCACAGUCACAAGCUUAUUUACCCAGCUCCCACUAGAAAAGGGCACUUCUCAAGGAGCAAUUUUCCCUUUGUUCGCUGCCUUAUUGCUGGCACCGAGAACAGCACUUGGACUUCGGAGGCCCUCGGAAGUUAUGUAUUGAAUGGAAGAACAGAGAACUGAAUGGCUAUUACGGGCCAGGCACGGUGCUAACUGCUUCCCAUACACCAGCUCUUAAACAAUCAAUCUGUGGAGCACUAUGGUGCAAGUACUGCCACCCUUAUUAAAGGCAGAAAUGACGCCCCAGAGCCAGCCUGCGCUCCUCUCUGCAGGUCACAGGCAGUCCGUCUGAACUUGUCCUGCUCCUACCCUACCUCCUCUGGACCUGGCUUCAGAAAUGUGAUUUGUGAAGUAGAUGCUUUUUUCUGGGGUGGGGGUGGGGGGGCAUGCUCGUGGCCUAGCAACAGCCUUUUCUAUUCCAACUCACAACUCCCUGGGCUAAUUUGGCCCUGCAGGAGCUAUUCCUCUGACACUCUAACCCACGCUUCCCUCCCACACGCUGUCUUCCCAAGGAUGGAUGAGCUGUCCACAGGAACAGGUGGGAGUCCCACAGCUUCAGCUCUUUGGAACAAAGUGUUCUCAUUCCAAGUUCAAAGCUGAGGCCUGAAAGCCCUUUUCUUUUCAGCCCUGGUGAUCUCCCAGGGACCCGCUUGCCGUUGUUUUAGUGGGAGCUCAUCCGUACAGGAGUGCCGGAAGGAGACCUGGAAGCGGCUGUGGGAAGGAAAAUUCCUCUGGGAGGGAAGGGCCUGCUGGGCUCUCCCGGAAGGCAAUUCUUAGCAGCAGAGCCAGAGCCCUCUUCCCGAGGAGCUGGCCAGCCUUCCACUCUCCCCCGCCAGGGCGGCAUGUCCUCUCCCUUUCUGGGCCGGGGGCACUGUCCAGCAGCAGGGAGGUUUCACUCUCUGAUCGCAAACCAGAGACUUUCAGGCUUUCUUUCCUGCUCUGUCUGCUUUUCCAGUCCUUGAAGAAACAUUAACCAGCCGCCUGCUGUAUUAGCACUGGCAAUUCAUAAAUGAGUGAUGAUCCCUGACCAGUGCGGGAGACAGGCAAAUACAGAGAAUUCCAAACCAGGAAAUGUAACAGGUCCUGCUCACAGUAGGUACUUAAUGAACAUUUACACAAUGCAGGAUAAACAGAUAAAUAUGUGAGGCGCUGUGGUCUGGAGUGUGGAGGGCUGCCGACCUCUGUGGGCAGGUGUGUGUGUGUGAGGAUCUGGGGGGAGGGUGAGAACUGAAGAGGGGAGAAGAGUUCACUGGAUGAACCAGGCGGCGGCAGAAGGCAGGAAUGGCACUCAAGUCAGAGGGAACAGCACCUGCACAGCUGGGAGGCACGCGCUAGCCGGCUGCAUGCAGGACUCGCAGGUAGUCUGGAAUGAAUGUCAUCACAGAGCUGGACGAGGGAGGAGGUGAGCCCGCAGGCGUCGCCAGGAAUGACGGUGUGGAAAUCUGACUGCCAGGUUGAAGUCUAGGAUUUAUCCUCAGGGCAAGAGCUGCAUGUAGCUUCGAGAGGAGGGACAGGCAGGAGCUGAGGGGGAUUCCCACAUUUCUGGUGCAGCCCAGAGGUGGCUCUGGCGGGGCUGCUGUGGGUUGGUAGCGCUGCUGGGCAAAACCUGUGGGCUCCCUUUAAAUAACCUGCAGGAGGCAUCAGGACUCCCUGAUAGGCACGGGCCUCCCUAUCUCUGGACUGGCAUCCUCCACUCCCGACAGCCUGAACCUCCAUCCCGCAAGGCCCAGUCAGGGUCCUCCUUCCUGGUUUGCCGUGGCCUUUCGCAUGCACUCUCUCCUGACCGCCUGCCUGCAUGCCUUAUAAUGGGCAAAGGGUCUGGUCUCACUGGGGGAAGCCAUCAGGCCGUCCCCUUCCGUGGGCAGCAGGGCCCAAACACUCAGUCACAGGGAGCCAAGGUGAAUCCGCGUGGGGCAAGGCGGGGCAUUUUCAGCUCUGCCCUCCGUCGGGAGUCAAAGCCAUGCCAGAAAGCCGGUUCCCAGAGACGAGAAGAGUGACGUCACACUGGGUAGGAAACACACCUUAGAGGAGCUUCCGAAACCAGAGAGCCAGGGAGGCUUCCUUUUCAGUACCAGCAACGAGCAGGGGGAGCUCGGCGCACAGCCUCGGCCUCCGUCCCUCCCGCGGCUGCCUCAGUACAGAAGCCUGUAGGUCAGGAGGGGACGGCUCAAUGCACCCCGCUCCCUCAAGGGCAGUAAAUAGCGCUCAGAGGCCAGGUGCGUGAGAGCCAGGGCCCACUCGCCCCCUAGGAACGCGACUGGACCCGCGUAACCUCCAACGUGGUGAAGGGGACAGGGAGCCCGACCUAGCCUUGCCAUCCCUUAUUCUGCCGCUUUACCUGAUUUCUUUUUGUGGUUGCCGGCGCCACCCAUGGGCGCCUGGAAAGCCUGAGGCCCGGCAGACUCUAGCGACCCACCCAGCCAGCCCCACAAGCGGCGUGAAUGAAGACAUUUUCCGCUCCGCGCGGCCGCAAAAUGUCUUGGGAACCGCUCUGAGGCUGGCAGCGAAACGCAUGCGCCCCAGACUCCACCGCGCAGCUAGCGGAGGUUCUGCGCAGGCGCCGUAGCCCAUAGCAACCGGCAGAAGGCGCUUUCCGCCGUUUCGAAUGGCGAAAGUGUGGUAGGCGGAGUCUUUUGGGGGUCGUGCAGCGGUGUGACGCGUGGGUAGUCUGAGGCCAGCAGUGGAGGGCAGAUCCUGGAGACCCUCGGGGCUCUCUCCGAUGCCACUUAUCAAAACUGCAAAUAGAGAUCUAGGGAACAAGCAGGUGCAGCCCGAGGCUACAGGCGACGACGACUCCUGGGUGUCUCAGGGAGCAGCCAUGUCCGCCCUGUAUCCAUCUCUGGAGGACCUGAAGGUGGACCAGGUCAUCCAGGCCCAGUCCAGGAUGCCUGCCUUGCUGCUCCCGGCGGCAGCCACCUCCACGUCUCCAGUUUUGUACCCAAACCUGGCGGAACUGGAUAGUUACAUGGGCCUUUCCCUCUCCAGCCAAGAGGUCCAGCAGAGCUUGUCUCCAAGCGCCGAGGGGAGCACGGUAGCCGUCUCUGGCUCCUGGGCAGGCCAGGUAGUGGCACCCGUGUCCGGGAACAACCUGGGCGUCCGGCGUGCGGAGAUCAAGCCUGGGGUGCGGGAGAUUCACCUGUGCAAGAACGAGCAGGACAAGAUUGGGCUGCAGCUGCGCGCCAUCGACAAGGGGGUGUUUGUGCAGCUGGUUCAGGCCAACACCCCCGCGUCCCUCGUGGGGCUGCGCUUUGGGGACCAGAUCCUGCAGAUCAACGGGCAGGACUGCAGCGGGUGGAGCACAGACAAAGUCCACCGCGUGCUGAAGAAGGCGUUAGCCGAGAAGAUCGUCAUGGUUGUUCGUGACAGGCCAUUCCAGCGGACUGUGACCAUGCACAAGGACAGCGCAGGCCAUGUGGGCUUCUUCAUCAAGAAGGGCAAGAUCACCUCCUUGAUCAAAGGGAGUUCCGCAGCCCGCAAUGGGCUGCUCACCAACCACUACGUGUGUGAGAUCAACGGGCAGAAUGUCAUCGGACUCAAGGACAAAGAUAUCACAAAGAUUUUGGGCACAGCUGGGAAUGUCAUCACCCUGACCAUCAUCCCCUCUGUGAUCUAUGAGCACAUGGUCAAAAGGUUGUCCCCAACCCUGCUCCACCGCACCAUGGACCACUCCAUCCCAGAUGUCUGAAGCCACGAGGCCUCGGGCCUGCCCACCGUCCUGCAGGUGGGGGCAGCUGCCCUGGGCUGACAGACAGAUUGCAGCUGGCUUCUGCCUGGGGUUGGGGCCACCGUAGGGGUGGGCAGCGUUCCAGGCGGGUGGACAUGAGCUCGGGAAGGGAUCCUUCCAUUAUGCACAAAGCUCUCCUGGGAGUCUGAGACACUUGGCUGGGCUGAGGCACUUGGUCCUGGUUUAAAUGCUGGGCAUGUAGGCAGCCAGCUGCACACUUUUCAAGAUUCCGCCUGAACCAGGAAAACAGUGUUGAGAACUCUCAGUGAGAGCGUUGCUUUGCCCUUAUGUGAUCUUCCACACGGUCUGCACGCAGCCGUAAUCCUCACUGUCUUCUGAUUAAAGAUUUGAUUUCAAACAAGAUCUUCUUCUCAAAGAUCACAGAAAUGCAU